CGUGGUGGCGGUGGAGGGACAGUUUGUUUUGAGCACCGAGGACGGCACACCCGGAAGUGGCGCCGCGCAGGAGCGGCCUCCCGCCGGGCGGGGUUUGAGGUGCCGGGAGGUGGAAGGGAUGCCACGGUUCUCUCCGGCCUUCUGACGUUGACUUCUCUGCACCUUAAACGAUGCUGGAGUCCUAUGUGACUCCGAUUUUGAUGAGCUAUGUGAAUCGCUACAUCAAGAACUUGAAGCCGUCAGACCUGCAGCUUUCACUAUGGGGCGGAGAUGUGGUGCUCAGCAAGCUCGAGUUAAAGUUGGAUGUGCUGGAACAGGAAUUGAAAUUACCAUUCACUUUUUUAAGUGGACAUAUUCACGAACUGAGGAUCCACGUACCGUGGACAAAACUGGGCUCGGAACCAGUGGUAAUCACCAUUAACACAAUGGAAUGCAUUUUGAAACUUAAAGAUGGAAUGCAGGAUGACCAUGAAAGCUGUGGUUCUAAUUCUACCAACCCUAGUACUACUGAGAAUACAAAAUCAUCAGUGAAACCUCGAAGAAUUCAGCAGGCUGCUCCCACAGAUCCUGAUUUGCCACCAGGUUAUGUACAGAGUCUGAUUAGACGAGUUGUAAAUAAUGUAAACAUUGUUAUAAAUAAUCUCAUACUGAAAUAUGUUGAAGAUGAUAUUGUUCUUUCAGUCAACAUAACUUCUGCAGAAUGCUAUACUGUAGGUGAAUUAUGGGAUCGUGCAUUCAUGGAUAUUUCUGCCACUGAUCUGGUGCUGAGAAAAGUUAUCAACUUUUCAGAUUGUACAGUUUGUCUUGAUAAACGGAAUGCUAGUGGCAAAAUAGAGUUUUACCAGGACCCUUUAUUAUAUAAAUGUUCCUUCAGAACUCGUCUGCAUUUUACUUAUGAUAACCUAAAUUCCAAGAUGCCGUCUGUUAUUAAAAUUCACACCUUAGUAGAGAGUUUGAAACUUUCUAUCACAGAUCAACAACUGCCUAUGUUUAUCCGUAUAAUGCAACUUGGGAUUGCUCUUUACUAUGGAGAAAUAAGCAAUGUUAAAGAUGGAGAAACUGAAGACUUUACCUGUCAUAAUAAAGAUAUGUCAGGAAACAUAACAGGUGUUGAAGAUGAAACAAGAAUAGAUAUGCCUUAUCCUUCUCAGUACAAAGGUCAAGAGUUGUAUUCACAGCAAGAGGAUGAACAGUCACAGGGAUGGGUAUCAUGGGCCUGGUCAUUUGUGCCUGCAAUUGUGAGUUAUGAUGAUGGUGAGGAAGACUACCUUGGAAAUGAUCCAACAUCAACCAUGCAUCAGCAGAAAUCUCAGACUUUGAAGGAUCCUAUUGUUUCUAUAGGAUUUUACUGUACAAAGGCAACAGUGACUUUCAAACUCACUGAAAUGCAAGCUGAAAGUAGUUAUUAUAGCCCUCAAAAAGUAACUUCUAAAGAAGUAUUGUGUUGGGAACAAGAAGGAACCACAAUUGAGGCCCUUAUGAUGGGAGAGCCUUUCUUUGAUUGCCAGAUUGGUUUUGUAGGUUGCAGAGCCAUGUGCCUUAAAGGAAUUAUGGGUGUUAAAGAUUUUGAAGAGAAUAUGAAUAGGAGUGAAACUGAAGCCUGUUUCUUCAUUUGUGGUGAAAAUUUGAGUAUGAAAGGCUUGACAUACCUUACAAAUUCACUGUUUGAUUACCGAAGCCCAGAAAAUAAUGGUACUCGUGCAGAAUUUAUCUUGGAUGCAACUCAUCAUAAGGAGACAUAUACUGAGGUAGCUGGAAUGCAAAGGUUUGGGGCUUUCUACAUGGAUUACCUAUAUACAAUGGAGAACAGCAGUGGCAAAGGUUCUGCAAAUCAACAAGACUUUUCUUUAGGAAAAAGUGAAGAUUUGGGAAUAGUUCAGGAGAAGUCUACCAAAAGCCUUGUUAUAGGUCCUCUUGAUUUUCGCUUGGAUAGCAGUGCAGUACAUAGAAUUUUGAAAAUGAUUGUUUGUGCCUUGGAACACGAAUAUGAACCGUAUAGUGGGCUAAAACCAGAUAUUAAAGAUGAAAAUGAAACAAUACUGAGUUUGGAAGAAGUGGCAUCUUUGGAGGAGUAUAUUCCUACUCGACAUACAAGUAUUACUCUCCUCAAAUGUACCUGCACAAUUUUUAUGGCUGAAUUCAAUUUGCUGGAUCAUUUGCUACCUGUCAUUAUGGGAGAAAAGAACUCAAGUAACUUCAUGAAUACGACAAACUUCCAACCUCUUCGGCCUUUACCAUCUAUUCAGAUAUUGGUGGAUAAAAUUAAUCUGGAACAUUCUGUGCCAAUGUAUGCUGAACGUUUGGUGCAGGUGGUCAGCAGCCUUACUCAGCCUUCUGAUAAUCUGCUUCAUUAUUGCUAUGCACACUGCUACCUUAAGAUAUUUGGUUUCCAGGCAGGACUGACGUCUUUGGAUUGUAGGGGAUCUUACUGCUUACCUGUACCAAUUAUUCCCUCUUUCAGCACUGCUCUGUAUGUUAAACUUCUGAAACUACCCACAUGCUGGACUAAAAGAUCUCAGAUUGCUAUAACUGAAGGUAUAUUUGAACUUCCAAAUCUUACAAUUCAAGCUACAAGAGCACAGACACUUUUGCUGCAAGCAGUAUAUCAAAGUUGGUCUCAUAUUGGAAGUGUCAGCUCUUCAGUAGUGAAUGAAGCUUUGAUGAAUGAAGUUUUCCAAACUAUAGGUGUGAAAUCUAAGAAUCCCCUGCCAACUCUUGAGGGCUCAAUCCAGAAUGUUGAAUUGAAGUACUGCAGCACAUCAUUGGUCAAAUGUGCCUCUGGGACCGUGGGAUCAAUAAAAAUUUGUGCCAAAGCCCCAGUACAAGCUAAAUUUGUAGGUGAGAGUGGAAAAGAGAAAUUGAUUCCAUUGCUUCAAGGUCCUUCUGACACUAAAGACCUUCAUAGCAGCAAGUGGCUCAAUGAGAGUAGGAAGCCAGAAUCUCUCUUAGCUCCAGAUUUGAUAGCCUUCACAGUGCAAGUUCCCCAGUAUAUGGACUACUGCCACAACUCUGGUGCCGUACUGCUUUGUAGUGUACAAGGACUAGCAGUUAAUAUUGAUCCAGUCUUAUACACCUGGCUCAUUUAUCAGCCUCAGAAACGAACCAGUCGGCAUAUGCAGCAGCAGCCUGUGAUUGCUGUUCCUCUUGUUAUGCCAAUUAGCAGAAGGAAAGAGGAUGAGGCAUCUGUUGGAAGUGCACCCUUGGCAAAGCAGCAGUCAUAUCAGGCCUCUGAGUACGCCAGCAGCCCUAUAAAAACAAAAACAGUAACAGAAUCCAGACCAUUGUCAGUUCCUGUGAAGGCCAUGCUGAGUAUGACUGAAGGCUGUAGAAGUCCUGAAGAAAGAAUGAAAGAAUUUAUUGGAGCAGUAUGGAAUGCUGUGAAGAGGCUCACACUGCAGCUUGAAGUACAGUCUUGUUGUGUGUUCAUUCCAAAUGAUAGCCUGCCUUCCCCAAGUACAAUUGUAUCUGGUGACAUCCCUGGAACAGUAAGAAGUUGGUACCACGGACAAACCAGCAUGCCAGGAACCCUUGUGCUCUGCUUGCCUCAAAUAAAGAUUAUUAGUGCUGGCCACAAGUAUAUGGAGCCUCUGCAGGAGAUUCCAUUUGUCAUCCCAAGACCCAUCCUUGAAGAAGGUGAUGCUUUUCCUUGGACUAUUAGCUUGCAUCAUUUCAGCGUAUAUACCCUUUUUGGAAAACAAGUGACACUUUGCCUAGUGGAUCCUAUGGGUUGUACCUCUACUCUAGCCGUGACAUCUCAAAAACUACUCGCAACAGCACCUGAUGCAAGACAUUCAUUUGUUGUCUGCCUCCAUGUUGACCUAGAGUCGAUUGAGAUAAAAUGCUCAAAUCCCCAGGUGCAGCUGCUGUAUGAGCUAACUGACAUUAUGCGUAAAGUGUGGAAUAAGAUUCAGAAGAGAGGCAGCCUCAGUGCUUCAGCCUAUCCAGAGACCAUGGCUGGGCCUGUUCCUAGUUCCCCAGUGAGAAGCAGUGUGGGCACAGCUCCUCCAGACACCAGCACAUGCAGCCCAUCUGCUGACAUUGGAACUACUACUGAGGGAGAUUCUGUACAAGCAGGUGAUGAUUCACCAUUCUCUGAUUCUGUUACCUUGGAACAAACUACAAGUAACAUCGGUGGAUCCAGUGGACGUGUUAGUCUAUGGAUGCAGUGGGUGCUGCCCAAAAUUACGAUAAAACUCUUUGCUCCAGAUCCUGAAAAUAAAGGCACAGAGCUUUGUAUGGUCAAUGAACUAGAAGACCUCAGUGCCUCCAUAGAUGUCCAGGAUGUAUAUACCAAAGUGAAAUGUAAAGUAGAAAGUUUCAAUAUUGAUCACUACAGAAGCAGCCUUGGGAAAGAGUGUUGGUCUCUGGGGCAGUGUGGAGGUGUCUUCCUUUCCUGUACUGACAAGCUGAACAGACGCACCUUGUUGGUUCGACCCGUCAGCAAGCAGGACCCUUUCAGUAAUUGCUCUGGCUUCUUUCCUUCUACAACUACAAAACUUCUAGAUGGCUCUCAUCAGCAGCAUGGAUUUCUUUCUUUGACAUACACAAAAGCUGUAACAAAAAAUGUCCGCCACAAGUUAAUAUCAAGAAAUGAGCGAAGAAGUUUUCAUAAGUUAUCUGAAGGUCUAACGGAUGGGUCCCCUCAUUUUCUUCAUGAAAUUCUUCUCUCAUCACAAGCGUUUGAUAUUGUCCUGUGUUUUCCUUUACUUAAUGCCAUUGCAAGUAUAUUUCAAGCAAAAUUACCAAGGACCCAAAAAGAGAAAAGAAAAUCUCCUGGUCAGCCCAUGAGGACCCAUACAGUAACUUCACGCAAUUUACCUUUGAUUUACAUCAACACAAGCGUAAUCAGAAUUUUUGUUCCAAAAACAGAAGAAAUGCAGCCAAGCAUUGAAGUUAAUCAGGCAGCAAAAGAAGACACCAUGGUUUUGAAGAUUGGCUCUGUUGCUAUGGCUCCCCAGGCUGACAAUCCCCUCGGCCGAUCUGUCCUCAGGAAAGACAUUUACCAAAGAGCCUUGAACUUAGGAAUUCUUCGUGACCCUGGAUCGGAAAUUGAAGAUAGACAAUACCAAAUAGACCUGCAGUCUAUCAAUAUUGGUACUGCGCAAUGGGAUCAACUAAAACCGGAGAAGGAAACUGGCACAGGAGGGGUGCUAACAGAGAGCGAAAGGAAUUCUCAGAACCCAGCCCUGGAAUGGAAUAUGGCCAGCAGCAUACGGCGGCAUCAAGAAAGAAGAGCAAUCAUGACUCCCAUUUUAACAGAUUUUUCUGUCCGAAUAACUGGAGCACCUGCCAUCAUUUUCACCAAAAUAAUUUCUCCAGAAAAUAUGCACACUGAGGAGAUUUUAGUGUGUGGCCAUUCCUUGGAAGUGAAUAUAACCACAAACCUGGAUUUCUUCCUGAGUGUGGCUCAAGUUCAACUCUUACAUCAGUUAAUAGUAGCAAAUAUGACUGGACUGGAACCAUCAAGCAAGGCCACAGAGAUCUCUAAGCAAGAACAGAAAAAAAUGGAUACAUUUGAUGGGAACGUGGCUGACACCUCCUCUCGGUGCAGUGGUGCCCAGGACAGCGGCAUUGGCAGUGACAGUGUUAAAAUCAGAAUAGUGCAAAUAGAGCAACACAGUGGUACCAGUCAGCACCGCAUCGCCCGUCCCUCUCACCAGUCAUCCAUUGUGAAAAACCUAAAUUUCAUCCCCUUUGACAUAUUUAUUACUGCAAGUAGGAUCUCACUAAUGACAUAUUCCUGCACGGCCUUACCCAAAUCGAAAUCGCAAGAACAGAAGGAUAAUGAAAAAACAGGCAAGAGCUCAUUAAAUCUCCCAGAAGAUGAUUCAGAUGUUACUAAAUCCAGUGAGGCAUGUAUUUCCACAGUCACAGCAGAAGAUCUCUUAAGCAGCAAUGUGCCGUUUCCCUCGGGGAAAAAAAUGGGGGCCAUCUCUCUUGAAAGUCUUCAUGCAACCACAAGGUCAUCUGCGAGACAGGCACUCGGUGUCACUAUCGUUCGGCAGCCGGGACGAAGAGGGGCCGGCAAUUUGCAGCUAGAACCCCUUUUACACGUCAUUGUCUCCCAGCCGUCUUUGCUUCUGAGUUGUCACCACCGGAAGCAGCGAGUGGAAAUGACCAUUUUUGAUGCCGUGCUUAAAGGGGUAGCCUCCGAUUACAAAUGUACAGAUCCUGGGAAGACUCUGCCUGAAGCCCUUGAUUACUGCACAGUUUGGCUGCAGACGGUGCCUGGAGAAAUAGACAGCAAAAGUGGUAUUCCACCUUCCCUGGUAAUGCUACAAAUUAAAGACUUUCUUAAUGGACCAGCUGACAUCAACUUGGAUAUAUCAAAGCCUUUGAAAGCAAACCUGAGUUUUACCAAGCUGGAUCAGAUCAACCAUUUUUUAAAGAAGAUCAGAAGUGCACACGGCAAUGAGACUUCGGCGCCGUCGGACACCGUGCGGCUUAAGGAUGAGCUUCCAGCCUCCAAAUGUUACCGUGGGAAGUUGUCUAAAUCCAAAGUUCAUGGUGAUGCAGCACGAAAGGUUCCAUUUCGGGAAAACAUGUGGAGAGCUGUUUCCUGCUUUCAAAAAAUUUCUGUCCAUACUACUCAGAUUGUGGUCGCCAUGGAGACUGUCCCCCAUCCUAACAAGCCUUGCCUGUUAGCAUCUUUGUCGACCCUCAGUGGAAGCCUGAAUGUUAAAGCGGCACAAAAAGUACCUGGUGUAAUUCUUGGGUCAUCAUUUCUACUCAGCGUAAAUGAUUUUCUCCUUAAAACAAGUCUCAGAGAAAAAAGCCGGAUUCUGAUAGGACCAUGUUGUGCGGCUGCCGAUGUGGAAGCUAGGUGGUGUAAACACAGUGGCAACCCAGGCCCAGAACACUCUAUACCCAAAAUAUCCAUAGAUUUGAGUGGGGGUCUUCUACAGGUUUUCUGGGGUCAAGAACAUUUGAAUUGUUUAGUUCUUCUACAUGAGUUACUCAAUGGAUACCUUAAUGAGGAGAGAAAUGUUGAAGUUUCUGAAGCGGUGCCACAUGUGCCACCUCCUGUGGAAAAGAACCAGACAUUUAAAAGUGAACAAAGUUCCGAUGACCUGCGGACGGGUCUUUUUCAGUAUAUAAGAGAUGCCGAACCUUUGAAAAUGCCUGGUGUCUAUGAAGUCUUGUUUUACAACGAAACCGAAGAUAGCCCGGGAAUGAUGCUAUGGAGAUAUCCAGAACCCAGGGUGCUCACCCUCGUGCGGAUAACUCCUGUGCCCUUCAACACCACAGAGGAUCCGGAUAUUAGCACAGCAGACCUUGGUGAUAUGCUGCAGAUUCCUUGCAGUUUGGAAUACUGGGAUGAACUCCAGAAGGUUUUUGUUGCAUUUCGAGAAUUUAGUCUGUCUGAAAGCAAAGUUUGUGAACUGCAGUUGCCAGAUGUCAAUCUUGUGAAUGACCAGAAGACACUGGUAUCCUCGGAUCUUUGGAGAAUUGUCUUGAACAGCAGUCAAAACGGAGCUGAUGACCAGAGCUCUGCAAGUGAAUCUGGUUCUCAAAGCACUUGUGACCAGCUUGUAACACCAACAGCCCUGGCUGCCUGCACCCGGGUGGACUCCUGCUUCACCCCAUGGUUUGUCCCAUCUCUUUGCAUUUCCCUCCAGUUUGCUCACCUGGAGUUCCAUCUUUGUCAUCACUUGGAUCAACUAGGCACAGCUCCGCCGCCCUACCUACAGCCAUUUGUUUCGGAUAAAAAUGUGCCACCUGAGCUGGAAUACAUGAUCAUUUCCUUCCGAGAGCCACACCUGUAUCUCCGACAGUGGAGCAACAGUUCCGUCUGUCAGGAGGUCCAGUUCUCAGCCCACGCAGACUGCAAGCUUCUGGAGUGCAGGAACGUGACCAUGCAGAGCCUGGUGAGACCCUUCAGCGUCUCUGGACAGAUGGCCGUUUCCAGCGACGCAGCAGAAAAGCGGCUCGACUGCACCGUCAUCGUCGAUUCUAUGUUCGUAAACUUUGGGCAACACGCGGUUCACUCCCUAAACACUGCAGUGCAGGCUUGGCAACAGAACCAAUGCCCUGAGGUGGAGGAGUUGGUCUUCAGCCAUUUUGUGAUCUGUAACGACACCCAGGAGACGCUGCGGUUUGGCCAGGUGGACACUGAUGAGAACGUCCUGCUGGCCAGCCUCCACCGUCACCAGUACAGCUGGCGCUCGCACAGAUCCCCACAGCUGUUACACAUCUGUAUCGAAGGCUGGGGCAAUUGGCGUUGGUCAGAGCCCUUCAGCGUGGACCAUGCCGGGACUUUUAUUAGAACUAUUCAGUACAAGGGUCGAACUGCCUCACUCAUCAUCAAGGUUCAGCAACUCAGUGGAGUGCAAAAACAGAUUAUCAUCUGUGGAAGACAGAUCAUCUGUAGUUACUUGUCUCAAAGCAUAGAACUGAAAGUCGUCCAGCAUUACAUGGGUCACGAUGGACAAGCUGUGGUUCGAGAACAUUUUGACUGCCUCACAGCCCAGCAGAAGUUGCCUUCCUACAUCCUGGAAAACAGUGAGCUGACAGAGCUGUGUGUGAAGGCCAAAGGAGAUGAAGACUGGUCAAGGGACGUGUGCCUGGAGUCCGCCGCCCCCGAGCACAGCGUUGUCAUCCAGGUGCCAUCUUCAAACAGCUCCAUUAUUUACGUCUGGUGCACCGUUCUGACUUUGGAACCCAACUCUCAAGUGCAACAGCGACUGAUUGUGUUCAGCCCUCUCUUUAUCAUGAGGAGUCAUCUUCCAGACCCCAUUAUCAUACAUUUGGAGAAAAGGAGUCUGGGAUUGAGCGAAACACAAAUUAUUCCAGGAAAAGGGCAGGAGAAACCGCUGCAAAACAUAGAACCUGACCUUGUGCAUCAUCUCACAUUUCAAGCAAGAGAAGAAGAUGAUCCUUCACAUUGCGCUGUCCCCAUCUCAACGUGCCUCGUUAAGCAGAUAGCUUCGAAGGCGCACCCGGGAGGUCCCGUUCACCAGAUCCUGGAUGACUUCUACGGGCCAGAGAAGUCCCUUCACCCCCUGUGGCCCUAUAGCAGGAAGGAUACUGACAGGAACGAACAGCUCAGUCAGUGGGACAGCCCGAUGCGCGUGAAGCUGUCAGUCUGGAAGCCACAUGUUAGAACCUUGCUGAUAGAGCUUCUCCCCUGGGCCCUGCUGAUCAAUCAGUCCCAGUGGGACCUCUGGCUGUUUGAAGGAGAGAAGAUUGUUCUGCAGGUUCCUGCUGGCAAAAUUAUUAUUCCUCCUAAUUUUCAGGAAGCUUUUCAAAUUGGAAUAUACUGGGCAAAUACAAACACUGUGCACAAGUCAGGAGCAGUUAAACUGGUUCAUAACCUGACAUCUCCGAAGUGGAAAGAUGGAGGGAAUGGCGAAGUUGUGUCACUGGACGAAGAAGGGUUUGUUGAUGCUGAAAUAAGACUUGGUGCUUUCCCAGGACAUCAGAAGUUGUGUCAGUUCUGCAUUUCCUCCAUGGUACAGCAGGGUAUACAGAUUAUUCAGAUUGAAGACAAGACUACAGUAAUCAAUAAUACCCCAUAUCAGAUAUUUUAUAAACCACAGUUAUCUGUCUCCAAGCCCCAUUCUGAAAUAGAGUAUUUUCGCGUUCCCGACAGCACUACCUUCAGCAUUUGUCCAGGUGGCGAGCAGCCUGCUGUGCACUGCAGCUCCCUUCCUUGCUGGGACUUAAUGCCUGACCUCAGUCAGUCAGCGUUGGAUGCAUCUCUGCUUCAGAAACAGAUCUCUCUGGCCUUCUCUCCGGCCACAGGUGCCGGCAGCUCCCAGUGCUGGAGCCUGCCGGCUGUGGUUCGGCAGGACUUUCCCAGGCAGAGUGUGGCCGUGCCCUUCGGCCGUCGCAGGGAAGACGGGUUCUGUACCAGGGCUAUUGCACUGACAUAUCAAGAACACUUUGGAGUGACUUAUUUAACCUUCUCAGAAGACCCUAGCCCUCGAAUAAUUUUCCACAACAGAUGUCCAGUAACAAUAGUGAUAAAGGAAAACAUUAAAGAUAUUCCAAAGUUUGAGGUUUAUUGCAGAAAAGUCCCUUCUGAAUGCUCAGUCCAUCAUGAGCUUUAUCAUCAGAUUUCCAGUUACCCAGACUGUAAGACCAGAGACCUCCUCCCCAGCCUCCUGUUGAGGGUGGAACUCCAGGAUGAAAUGACGACCGAAUGGAGCGAUGCCAUCGACAUCAACAGCCAGGGAACGCAGGUUGUGUUCCUGACUGGCUUUGGCUAUGUGUACGUGGACAUUGUCCAUCAAUGUGGCUCCAUCUUCAUCACUCUGGCCCCAGAAGGAAAAGCAGGACCUAUUGUAACCAAUACCAACAAAACUCGGGCGAGGGCUGUGGCGUUGAAGAUGUUCGUCACUCGGUUGAGCCUGGCCGUGUUCGAUGACCUCACCCACCACACGGCCUCCUCCGAACUGCUGAGACUCACGCUGGACAAUGUCUUCCUCCAAAUGGCCCCGGCGGCUGGUCCCCUCCUGGGGGAAGAGCCCAGCGCGGCGCCCUCCCAGCUGUACUGUGUGGAGGUCUGCUGUGGGGACCUGCAGCUGGACAACCAGCUGUACCACAAGUCCAACUUCCACUUCGCCGUCCUGGUCUGCCAGGGAGAGAAGCCAGAGCCCGCUCAGGGCCCCAGCACGCAGAGCCUCCUCGUGUCCAGCGGCGACUUGGAGGAAUGCAGGAGGAAAAGUUUCAUCCGCCUGGGCCUCACCUUCACUGAGGGCGAGAGCUGCCUGUGUGACAUUCACGAGCUCAGCUUUGAGCUGAAGCCUGCCCGGCUGUACGUGGAAGACACGUUUGUAUACUACAUCAGAACUUUGUUUGACACCUACCUUCCUCACAGCAGCCUGGCCGGUCCCCCCACCCUGUCCCCAGGUGGCGCACAGGUUCUGCCCAUACAGGUGAGACAGCACGCCAGGGCCCUGGUGAACCCCGUGAAGCUGCGGAAACUGGUCAUCCUGCCCGUGAGCCUCCUGGUCAGCAUCCACGCCUCCCUCAAGCUGUACAUAGCCUCCGACCACACUCCGCUCUCCUUCUCGGAGUUUGAAAGAGGCCCCGUCUUCACCACGGCCCGGCAGCUCAUCCACGCCCUGGCGAUGCACUACGCCUCGGGGGCUCUCUUCAGAGCAGGCUGGGUGGUUGGAUCCCUGGAAAUCCUCGGCAGCCCGGCCAGCCUGGUGCGGAGCGUGGGCAACGGCAUCGCCGACUUCUUCCGGCUCCCGUACGAGGGGCUGACCCGCGGCCCCGGCGCCUUCGUGAGUGGCGUCUCCCGUGGGACCACGUCCUUUGUGAAGCACAUUUCCAAAGGUACCCUCACCUCCAUCACCAACCUGGCCACGAGCCUGGCCCGAAACAUGGACCGGCUGUCCCUCGAUGAGGAGCACUACAACCGGCAGGAGGAGUGGCGGCGACAGCUCCCGGAGAGCCUGGGCGAGGGGCUCCGGCUGGGCCUGUCCCGGCUGGGCAUCAGCCUGCUCGGUGCAAUUGCUGGCAUAGUCGAUCAGCCAAUGCAGAACUUCCAGAGAACAUCCGAUGCUCAGGCUUCAGCAGGACACAAGGCCAAGGGCGUGAUCUCAGGCAUGGGGAAAGGAAUCAUGGGGGUGUUCACAAAACCCAUCGGAGGCGCUGCCGAGCUCGUGUCGCAGACCGGCUACGGCAUUUUACACGGAGCUGGACUUUCUCAGCUUCCCAAACAGCGCUACCAGCCAAGUGAUCUACAUGCUGCCCAGGCUCCAAACAGCCACGUCAAAUACGUCUGGAAAAUGCUUCAGUCUCUGGGCAGACCUGAAGUCCACAUGGCCCUGGAUGUGGUUCUGGUGAGGGGCUCUGGCCAGGAGCACGAAGGGUGCCUGCUGCUGACGUCGGAAGUGCUGUUCGUGGUGAGUGUCAGCGAGGACACGCAGCAGCAGGCCUUCCCCGUCACGGAGAUCGACUGUGCACAGGACAGCACGCAAAACAACCUGCUCAUCCUACAGCUCAAGCAGCCAAGAGCGGCCUGUGAUGUGGAGGUGGAUCGAGUCCGAGAAAGACUGUCAGAACAACAGUACAACAGGCUUGUGGACUACAUCACCAAGACAUCUUGCCACUUGGCCCCCAGCUGCUCGUCCACGCAGACACCGUCAUGCCCUGUGGUGCCUGUGGAACCUCUCCCCUCCAACGUGAAAACAUACCAUUACAUGGUCGACCCGCACUUUGCUCAGGUCUUCAUUAGUAAGUUCACCAUGGUGAAAAACAAAGCCCUGAGGAAGGGGUUCCCGUGAGUCCCCUCAUCUGAGGUACCAGUUCCUGCUUAUGCAGCAUCUUUUUUAAUAAGAAACCGAAAUAGCUCUAUGGACACAAGGCCAGCACCUUUCUACAGUAACUUUUUGGCCUCUUCUAAAAUUAAUUCAGAUUCCUCCUCCCUAAAACUAAGAUACUUGAAUAAAAUGGAGUGAAAAACCUUUUUCCAUUUGGGGACAGUUGACUAACAGAAUCCUGUGGGCUGCAAUCUUACCACAGUUGAAAAUACAUUCCUGUUUGCUCUAUAUUUGCUACAGUUUUUACUAUAAUGAGGAUCUAUUAACACUCAGCUAAUGUAAAAGAUGGUCAGGCCUUAGAAUGGAGAGACAUUAAAACUUCAUUUCUAAUGACAUUGUCUUUGCUGAAUACCUUGAUCUGCAAAAGUUUGGACUCUUUAAAUGAAAUUAAAUAUUUAGGGUUUUAUUGUUUAACUUGUUAAAUCUGUUACUUGUAGGUGCUGGUAUUCUUUAAGUGAAAGCUGCUGUGUAUAUUCCUUAAAGUCUGCAUUUUAUUGAAUUUACCAAACAUUCUGAUGCCUGUCCAGGUACAUUCUGGAAAAAUGUUUUUCUAUUUUGUUUCACUAGUCAGAGUAAUUCUUGUGUCUACUGAUAAAAACAGACCUGGAGUGCUCAAGUGAGUCUCUUUAGUCUUAGAAACAAAACACUACUGGGACAUUCCCUUGUGGAAAGGGUGUAGCUGAAGGAUUCAUACUUGCCUGCUAUGCUGGAGGGGAGUCAAGAACCCCAACAUCAACCUUAACAAUGAACCAGACCAAAUAUUUUCUUUUGCUUUUAACAACAGGUUUGGCUCAAGAUCCUGGGUCACCAGAUAUCAUUUUAGUAUUUGGUAAAUAUCUCAACUCUGAUGAAACAUGUUUUUAUUGAUUACGUAUUAACUUGGGCCUACAACCUGUUACCUAUCAUUGUGAGACACUAAAGAAAAUUCAAUUUCAAUUGUCCACUAAUUUUUAACUGAAGUCUCACCUGUUAUGUAUAGGCAUCAUAAGUCACUGCAUAGUUGUUUCUGGAAAGCAAGUUUGUUAAUGGACAAUUCAGACUGACUAUGAAAAAAUGGUUCCUCCAUUAGUUUGUUGUACCAUACUCAUUUAGGAAAGUGAGUUUGGUCAGUUAACCUCAAGAGUAACUAUUUUUAAGAAUGUAGAUAUACAUUAAUUCUUUUAUGAUAAUUUUGAAUACUACUAAGAUUUGUUAUAUAAAAUUAUUUAAAAUAAAAGGAAACCUUGAAUUAAUGACCACACAA